AUGGACCUGAGUGAAUUUCAAUGUACCAUAUGUAGGGAGUUAAAGCCUAAUCCUCGAGAAACACAAUGCUGUCCCAAAUAUUAUUGUCAAGAAUGCAUCCGAAAUAUAGGAAACAUUUGUCCAAUUUGCAAAGAAAGUACCAGUUUUAAGGAAUGUCCUCAAGUAGCUCGUUUGAUUAAUGUUAAGUUAGGCGAGGAUUUCGAGGAUGAAUUUUAUUUUACCAGUCUCUGGAAUACGGUUUACAAUUAUUUUUUCCAAAGAAAUGAACCAAAUAUAACCAAUAACAAUUUACCCAAUGAUAAUUUACCAGAUGAUGAUUCCAAUGCAGGUGUUUUUAAAAUCAAAGUAAUGAAUCUGCAAGAUAUAAAAAUCGAUAUCUACGUUGAAGGAAGUGACACAGUUGAAACACUCAAGCUCAAAAUCCAUCAGGAAGAUGGUACAGUAUUUAUUUUUUAUGACGAAGAAAAUGAAAUCAUGCAUUUUAAUAAUACCCUUCUCUCCAGGCACUCGCCCUGA